AAAUACAGCAAGGACACAAACGGUGUUGCCGUGGCCACCGGUGGCUGUUGGGAACAUAGUGGAAACGUGGCUUCACAAAUACUCCUGUGACGUCAUGCACCUGAGUAGCACCGUCAACGUACCUCCAGAAGAUUUCAUAUGUCCCUUUGUUUAACAAAUCAGUCUUGGAAAAGGCACCUGGGAAGCACCGCCAAACGCCAAAGUAACUGCCGUCCCACAAUUUAGUUGUGUACGUUAAAAAAGUAUAAUCUUAUAAUGCCUGUAUGACAUAGCCAUUCUCCUACUAUGAAAAUAUUUGACUGUUUUUCAUAAACGGUCAAUAGCAACGUUGACUUAACCACUUCUUUUAUAAGGUUUAUUUCGCGGGGCUAUAACACAAUUUACGGACCCAUUGUAGAACGCCGCUUAGCCAAUCAAAACCACGCAUUAAUAGCACUAAUAAUUGGCAUCAAGGUUUCAAUAAUUAAAUAUGUACUGGACUGCAACAAACACUCGAAUGAAAACCUCAUCAAUUAUUUAUAGGUAUGGAACGACAAAGUGACAAUUUUUGUCUUUUUGUACCAUAAACCAGAUAACGUAAUUAACUAAAAAUACGUGUGUAUGUUAAAAAAAUCUUACUUACUCGGCUUGACGGUAAGAUGGAGAUGUUGUAAAUACAGGAACGGAGCUAAUUUCGUGGAAAAUCUUUCGGACAGGGCUUAGCGAAACAAAUAAUCAUGAUUUCCAUAUUUGCUUUGACGUUUCUUUCCGUUUCCACGGUGAUCGGACAAUUCGAUCCUUUAGUCAAUGUUGAGAGUUGUACCAAGUCCAAGCUGGUCGUGUCGACUUACGGUGCCAUGGACGACGGGUUGAUCUAUAUCCAAGGUCAAGAUGACCGGUGUAAACAUACAACGAUAUCCGGUGUCGCCCUGUACCAGUUUGAGUUUGCCGACUGCAACAUAGAAUGGGAAAUGUUGUUCCGAAUUGUUGUGCAAAAGAAAAGCGGAUACCAGACAGGGGCGGAUAAAGUCAUCCCAAUAUUCUGCGUAGCCGACCGUAGCGAUUUGAUUGUUUCGAACGCCAAUAAUGCGGAAAAAGCGGAUGACGGCAGCGUCAAUGUUACAGUUCAACCGUCUGCGAAAAUGUCGUUCUACAAAGUGGUUGCAGAAGAGGAAGUGAGCGGAAAAGAAGUGAAGUUGUCCGACACUCUCAUUAUGGCGCUACAAUUAGAUAACGACUAUAUUGAUGACCUUGACAUUAAGGCGAGGUACUGCAUUGCUUCAGGUCUUGUUAUCAUUGAAAACUAGUAAGUGUUAUAUUCAUCCUUUGGUUUCAUUUUCAAAAGUGUGCUCAUAAUACUAG